AUGGGGACGAGCUUGUACCGCCAAAUUCGGCGGUAUAUUCGUGCGGCUUACGCAAAUGCAGAUGCUUUGUUAAGGGCUGGUGAAAAAGAAUGCAUUAUUGGUUCCGAUGCACUGACUAAAGUCGAUAUUGCACAUCUACCAGCAAAUCGGCCUACUGAGGAUCAUUACGCUUCAGCAAAAUGUCUUACAUCAGAUGCUUAUCUGUUUGGUAUAGAUCAUCCUCGAGUAUUUGAUGGGCAUGCCGGCACGUCUUGUAGCCGUCAUGUUGCAAUGCAGCUUUAUGAUUAUAUAGGAGCUUCCGUACUGCCAAAACAUAUAGUAAACGACUUACCUUUGGAAAAUCGCAUUAAGUGGUUGUUUUCAAGUUUUGCUGAUUUUAACGGCUAUGAUAGAGAAGAACACUGGAACAACGUUCAGAAGUUUCACCGUGCUUUUCGGCAGAAUACGAGCAUAACUACUGUUAGGAAAUCGCUGGAGACUGCGUUCUGCGCUUUAGACAAUGAUUUUCUAACAGAAGCUUUGGUUGUUCAGGAUGGGCGGUUAUCUAGAAAUCGCGUCAAAGUAGUAACGUCUGGAAGCUGUGGCAUUGUUGUCCACUUACGUUAUGAUCAUGUACAUAUUGCAAAUGUUGGUGACAGUGCAGCUGUUCUGGGAGUUUGUAAUCAUGGCCACGUGUCGGCUCGACGCCUUUCGAGACCUCAUUGUGUCGAUAACGCGGAUGAGACUAAAAGAGUAUACGCUGCUCAUCCAGUUGCUGAAACAGGAACAGUUCUGCAAGGUGGCAGACUUUUUGGAGAAUUAUAUCCUUUGCGUGCUUUUGGCGAUGCUCGAUACAAGUGGCCAACAGAUAUACAGGAUAGAGUAUUGAGACCUUUUGGUGAAGUUCCACCUGUAGGUAUUAGAACGCCUCCAUAUUUAAAUGCAGAGCCAGAGGUGCUUUAUCAUCGCUUAACUUCUAACGAUCAGUUCUUAGUGUUAGCGUCGGAUGGAUUAUGGGAGUGGUUAGAUCCGGACACUGUUGUACGAUUAGUUUUUGACCACCAACUCGGCGCACAGACGUUGACACCUUAUCAACCACCCCAAGGGUCUUUACUAUCUCAAGUGAACGAGGAACUUAAACAGCGUGCUGUAGGAGAAAGCAAGAAACCCUUAGAUAGUAACAGUGCGACCCAUGUGCUGCGUCACGCCCUAGGAGGUUGCUCUGGAGGCCUUGAACAUCGCUACAAACGCCUAUCAAGUUUACUGCAUCUUCCCACUGGCAUUGCUCGGAAUUACAGGGAUGACAUUACCAUAAUCGUUAUACACUUCAAUCAAGAUUAUUUUAAAAUGCGGCAGUUUGAGUAG